AUGCCAAACUACACCAAGUUCAUGAAGGAAGUUCUAUCCAAGAAAAUUCGGAUCGAAGAAGACAUACCAGUGACACUCACGGCAACUUGCAGUGCCAUUAUUCAGUCGAAUCUGCCACCGAAAAUGAAAGAUCCAGGGAGAAAUUUGAACCGCACUCGCAUGACUUUACAACUAGCUAAUCGUUCAUUGAAAUAUCCCGAUGGAAUUGUAGAAGAUGUGCUAGUUAAAGUAGAUAAAUUCAUUUUGCCUGUUGAUUUUGUGGUACUUGAAAUGCCUGAAGAUGAUGAAGCACCAAUCAUUUUAGGUCGUCCAUUCUUAGCCACUGGUAAGGCGAUGAUUGAUAUGGAAUUAGGAUCUUUAAUGCUUAGGGUAAAUGGGGAAGAAGUUGUUUUUAAUUUGACAGAUGCAUUUAAACACUCUGAGCAUGUUGAGCAUUGCAGUAGAAUAGACGUGAUCGAGGAUUGUGUUUCCUCCUUUUUUUAUUUGUAUGAAUUGUGUGAUUCUAUCGAGCACUGCAUUGUUAACUCUAUUGAUUUGCAAUCUGCCUCCCCCGAAAUUCCAAUUGAAAAUGAUGUGCUAGAUUGUGUUUUGUUUCUUGAAUGUGCCGAGAUGUUAGGCGUAGACGAGACAGGACUUAUCCGGUGA